CACGCCAUUCAACUGGUAGUCGUCAGACUCCUAGAAGUUUAUGCUUCAUUGCGUCCAUGUGUUUUUUAUUUAUUUUUUUCUCAACUAAAAUGGAAGAUUUUUUUCCAAUAAACAAACAAAGAAUUAAUUUUUUUAUAAAACUCGCGAGUGUUGGUGCUAAAAUAAUUAAAUAAGGAAAAUUUUUGUGAAUGAAGAAAAAAAAAUUAUAUAUAUAUAUAUAUAAUAUAAUUAUAUAAAUAUAAUGUUCAUAUAAUAUUUAAAUGCGUUUGUUACGCAAGAUUCUUCUGAACUUGACAAUUAUCAUUGUCUUCGUUAUAAUACUUUACUGCCUUCAAACUUCUAAUGGUGCUUAUUGGAGUAUUAAUAAUUUUAAAAUACAAAAUGCCACUAAGAAAACAAAUCUUCCAUCCACCGUAAUGACAAAAAAUACAACGAGUGAUUAUGUUUUCAUUGAAAUGAACGCAAAUCUAACAAGUUCGAUGGAAACGAAGAAAAAAGAAUAUUAUAAUAUAUGGUGCAUAUUUACCAAAAUUACAAAUAAUUCACCAAUGCGAAGAAAAUUUAAAAUUUUCAUCGAAUCAUUGUUGAAAUUUACUUCUGUCGAUAUAAUUUUUCAUGUUAUUAGUGACACGAAUAGUAAAAGUAUCGCUGAGAAAGUAAUACAGGUGGUUCAAACUGUAUUGGGAAAAAACAUGAAGGUGCAAUUUUAUGACGUACAUAAGCUAGCAAUGGAAUUGGAGGAUAUUGUUUCUGUUAUGUCGCCACAUUUUAGUAGUAAGCCAGGAACGUAUUAUUCGGAUGCUCUUUUUUUUCUAUCAUUGGGUUUGCAUAGAAUAGCGCCACCCGAACAAAAUGUUGCAAUAAUGUUUGACGCUGAUACCAAAUUUCGAACAGACGUUAAAGAAAUUUUCAAAGAAUUUGAUAAUUUUGGAGAUGACGCCUUAUUUGGUCUUGCUCCUGAAUUAACACCUGUUUAUCGUCACGUUUUAUAUCUUUAUAGAAGCAAAAAUCCAAAAACUAGAUUUGGAGAUCCUGGACAUAAUGGUGGUUAUCCAGGUUACAAUAGUGGAGUGAUUUUACUUAAUUUGGACAGAUUAAGAAAAUCAUUGGAAUACGAUCAAAUUGUCAGUAGGGAUAGCGUUGAACAUAUGGUUAAAAAGUAUUAUUUUAAGGGACAUCUAGGGGACCAGGAUUUUUAUACGAUUUUAGGAAUGGAACGUCCUGAACUAAUUCACACAAUAGAUUGUGGGUGGAACAGACAAUUGUGUACUUGGUGGCGAGAUCGUGGCUAUGCAGACGUUUUUGCCAAUUAUUCUCAAUGUGAUUCAAAAACAAAAUUAUGGCACGAAAAUUGUAAUUCGCCAAUUCCAGACGAUUAAUUAAAAAAAAAAUUAAAUUAUUAAUUUUUAUUAAUUAUUUAUUAAUUAAAUUAUUAAUAAUAAAUUAAUAAUUAAAUUUCUAAUAUUUCGUUUUAAAAAAAAUUAAUAAUUGUGAUUAUUAAGUGGCAAUUAUCAAAAUAUUUGUCUUUAUUAAAGAGUUUAUUAAAAAAUAUUCUAUAUAAAGAAAAAAAAAUUUAUAAUAUGCAAUGUACUUGUUGAAAAAUCAAAUUUAAUUAAUGAAAUUAAUUAUUGAAUUAUAAUGAGAUGUUGUACUAAAUGCCAUAAAUGUAAAUAUUAAAUUUUUUUCAAUGAAAUAACUAUAUUUGCUAUUUGUCUGCGAUUGUGUCUGGUUUUUGAAAAUAAUAUAUUUUUUUGAAAACUAUGACAAUUAUCGUAAACUUAUGCUCAAAUUUUGAGUUGUAUGGCCAUUUUUAUUUGACAAACAGUAUUUCAAUUUAUAAGGUUUAUACUAAAACUAGUAUUAAGAUAUUUAUAAUUUUUUAUAAUAUUAUUAACGUGGUUUUUUUUUUACAAAUAAAUAAAUGGUACAUUUUUUUCAAUAUGAGUGUUUUUAAUCGGGAAUAGAAAAUAAAACCCUUUUCUUUCAUUUGAAUUAAAUUUUAAUUCACUUAUAUUUAUAAGUUAUACAACGCACAUAAAUAAAUUACAGCAUUUUGCCGUAAUAAUAACGUAUGUGGACAUUCUUUUUACAAAAUAAAUUUUUAUAAUUUAGAUGAAACUUAAAACUAUUAACUUAACUAUUUCGACAUUUUAAUAUUAUUAUUAUAUUCAAAGAAUUAUGAUGUUUUAUUUUUAUUUAAUGCAAAAGGAAAUUAAUUGAUGAUGGAAGAAAAUGUUUUAAUAGAGGGAAAAAUUAGAAUUUGUUAUUUGGGAAAAAAAAUGGAAGUUUUAAUAUAAAGAAAAUUAGAAUUUUUAUUAUAUGGAAGAUUGUAUUUAAUUUUUAAAGUGAAGAAAAAAAAAUAAAAAUUUCUAUUAUACGUGAAAAUAAAGUAUUUCAAUGAUGUAUUUCAAUUGAUUAAACGAUUAAACAAAACAAUAAUAAUUAAACGAAGAAUUGUAAUAUUUACAACUAGAUUUUUUUUUGUACAGAGAAAUGUUAUAUCAGAUUUUUUAUACUGCAUUACAAAAUACUUUCACCCAUAUUAAAAAUAUUACUCUAGGUCUUGGAUUUUUUUUCGUAAUUCGCAGAUAUGUUUUAAUUUUUUUUUUAGGAUAAAUGAAUUUGUUUCGUAUAAUACAUAAAAAUAAGAAGAAUUGUUACCUUUGGUCCCGUUGAUAGAAACUUAAAAGAGUUUACUUUCAAUGAUUAGAAUGUGUUAGUUAGCAUUAUUUGCACAAUAUUACAUUCGUCCUUGAUAGACUUUGGUAUUUAGUUCUUUUUUUUUCUUUCUUACUCGUCGUUGAAACAUGACCAAAGCUAAGAUUGAACGGUAAUAUUUCAUUUAAACUAAAUAAAAAAAAAUAAAAAAAAAAAACAAUGAGCAAUAUUAUUGACUAUUUUCAAAACAAUAUUUAUAAUACAGUAUUCUCGAACAUUACAAAUUAUAUGUUAUUCCUCAAAAAGUUUUUAUGUACAUUUUUUUUUUUUUUUUUAUAGAAUCAGAAUUUUUCUCAAGGAUUUUUAAUUAUUUUACUUCACGAUAUUGUGUUUUUAUAUCAACAAAGUUCAAUCAAAUUAAAUUUGAUUUAAAUUAUUUAACGAACAUUAUAAAUAUUUUAGAAAAAUAUAUUUUUAAUUUGCGAAAAAAAAAACGAUAAACUAUAAUUUUAUGCUCGUGUUUUGUUGAUGAUUUAAAAAUCGUGAAAAGUACCUUUAAGAAAAAUUCUAAUUAUCUUAAUCAAUAAACUAUUUGUUAGCAAUUUCCCUAGAUUGCUAAAUUUUUUGAGGAUUUAAAUAAAUUUAUACAUAAAUAAUUUUUUUUUUUUCAUAACGCAAAGUAGUCAAUGCCCAAAACAACAAUAGGGCAAACAAUUAUUCAUUCGUCAUACAAGAAAAAUGUUUCUUUUUUCUUAAACAUACAAUGACAUUAAUCCAUUCGAACAAACACUUAACGUGAAAAUUUUUUCUUCAUUUCGAUUAUUAAUGCAAAAAAAAAAAUCGUAUGAAACAGUAAACAAAA